CCGCCAUCUAGUAAACUGAACUGGAUAUUAGACACUGUAUAGUUUAACUACAGAUGCUAUUUUGAGUUAAUCAUGGGAGUACCAGCAUUUUUCCGGUGGCUUAGUCGAAAAUAUCCAUCUGUAAUAAUCGAGUGCAUAGAAAACAAGCCUGUUACUGUUGAUGGAGUUCAAGUACCAGUCAAUACAUUAGAACCCAAUCCAAAUGGUGUAGAAUUUGAUAACUUGUAUCUAGAUAUGAAUGGUAUUAUACAUCCUUGUACACAUCCUGAGGAUAAGCCUGCUCCAAAAAAUGAGGAUGAAAUGAUGGAGGCUAUCUUUGAGUGUAUUGAUAGAUUAUUUCGGAUAGUAAGACCUCGUAAAUUACUAUAUAUGGCUAUUGAUGGUGUUGCACCAAGAGCAAAAAUGAAUCAACAAAGAUCUCGACGAUUCAGAGCAUCUAAGGAAACAAGUGAAAAACUAACUGAAAUUGCAAGAAUUAGAUCAGAGUUAGCAUUAAAGGGAGCUUUCUUACCUCCAGAAAAGCCAAAAGAAGAUCACUUUGAUAGUAACUGUAUUACACCUGGUACUCCAUUCAUGGCUCGUCUAUCUGCUUGUCUACAUUACUAUAUACACGAUAGGUUGAAUAAUGAUCCAGGUUGGAAAAAUAUCAAAGUUAUUCUCAGUGAUGCUAAUGUUCCUGGUGAAGGAGAGCAUAAAAUCAUGGAUUAUAUUAGAAAACAAAGAGCACAACCUGAUCAUGACCCAAAUACGCAACAUGUACUCUGUGGAGCAGAUGCUGAUUUGAUCAUGUUAGGAUUAGCAACACAUGAGCCUAAUUUCACUAUUAUUCGUGAAGAAUUCAAACCAAAUAAGCCAAGACCUUGUGAUAUUUGUGGUCAGUUGGGUCAUGAUAUGCAAGAUUGCCUUGGUGCAGAACCAAAUCAAAAAGAAGAAGAGAAGAUUUUUGGUUCUGAAUGUCAAUUCAUAUUUGUGCGAUUGAAUGUGCUUCGAGAAUAUUUGGAACGAGAGUUACAGAUGCCAAAUUUACCUUUCAAAUAUGAAUUUGAAAGAGCAAUAGAUGAUUGGGUGUUUAUGUGUUUUUUUGUAGGAAAUGAUUUCCUGCCUCAUCUACCUUCUUUAGAAAUCCGCGAAAAUGCUAUAGAUAGACUUGUUAAUUUGUACAAAAAAACUGUUUAUAAAACUGGGGGAUUUUUGACCAAUAGUGGUGAUGUAAAUUUAGAUAGAGUCCAACUAAUUUUAUCUGAUCUUGGGAAUGUUGAAGAUGAAAUUUUUAAAAAACGUCAACAAAAUGAGCUGGCAUUUAAAGCACGAGAAAAAAAUAAGAAAAGAAGAAUGGAAGCGAUUAGUAAUUAUAAGCCAAGCUGGACUCCCAUGGGUCAAUUUGCACCAAAUCCACUGGGUAAAGAAGUGAAGCCAGUACAAAAUGCACGAUAUGAAGCUUUUCAAAUGCGUAUGCAAGGCAGAAACUAUAACACAUACUCGGUCGAACGUGCGUUGCAAGGUACCAAUGCUACCUUGGCUCUUGAUCGAAUGAUUGUUCCUGCGAGUGGUACUUCUAGUAAUAGAAGCGAUAACAAAGGUCAAAAACGUAAGCACGACGAAGUUGAAGAAGAAGAAAAGGAUGAUCAAGCACACGAUGAAGUCCGACUGUGGGAAGAUGGUUUCAAAGACAGAUAUUAUGAAUCUAAAUUUGACGUAUUACCAGAAAACUUAGCAUUUAGAAACAACGUCGCUCUUCAAUACGUAAGGGGCUUGUGUUGGGUAUUGCGUUAUUAUUAUCAAGGUUGUGCAUCAUGGAAAUGGUAUUUUCCAUAUCAUUAUGCUCCAUUCGCCAGUGACUUUGUCAACAUAGGUGGCUUGUCAACCGAAUUUGAAAAGGGAACUGUACCAUUCCGACCUUUAGAGCAGUUAAUGGGAGUAUUUCCAGCUGCUAGUUGUAAACAUGUUCCAGAGCCUUGGGCAAAAUUGAUGAAAGACCCGAGAUCUACUAUUAUCGAUUUCUAUCCUGAAGAUUUCAAAAUUGAUCUCAAUGGAAAGAAAUUCGCUUGGCAAGGAGUAGCUCUACUGCCGUUUGUCGAAGAAGACAGACUUUUUAAAGCAUUAGAGCCAUAUUACGAUUUAUUAACUCCUGCAGAAAAGAGGCGAAAUGUUCGAGGUGACGAUAGACUUUAUGUUGGACCAGAUAACAAAGGCUAUCAAUUCCUUCAAGGCCUGUAUGAAAAUAAAAUAGGUUACGAUAACGAAGUUGAAAUUUGUAUAGAUGGUAUGCGAGGAACCGUUUUACUGGCUCAUGAUUGUGUAGGAAUUGGAGCCACACUUCCUUCACCUAUCAAUACACUGCCAGUUAGAAAUAAUCAAGUUAUUUGUGUAAGAUUUAGGGAUCCUAAAUAUUCUGACGACUACAUGUUCCCUGCCAAACGUUUGCAAGGAGCUGAAGAGCCACCACGAGUUCUCAAGCCUCAAGAUUUUGAGCAGAUGAAUAGAGGAAACAAUGAUUGGAAACCUCAAACUGGAUUUGUUCCUUCGAACAAGGUUGCAAUGUUGGGUGAUGCAGGUCACCGAAUGCUAGGGCGUAACAUAAAUAAUUCAAAUCGGCAACCAGGAGUUUACGGUCAUGUACCACCACCUGCAUCUUUACAACAUUCUAGUAGAGGUUACCAGAGCGGCUACUCAUCAGAUCGUCAGAAAGAUUCAAGGAACCAUCCUGGUUAUCAGACAGGAAAUUUAAGACAGAAUUCCUACCAGACAGUGGGGCCAUGGGCUGGUGGCUAUACUACAAAUAGUUAUCAGCCACAGCAGUCUUAUCAGUCGUAUCAACAGCGAGGUUAUCAUCAACAAAUGCAACAAUCUGGGCAGCAAAGAAUUGUGAGACCCUUUCAAAAUCAACAUCAGCAAGAUCGUAAUUUUAAUCAAUCACAAAGAAAUCGAGGAAACAACAGACCUGGUGGUAGUGGUGGUAAUAGGCGUCGCUAAACAAUAGUACAUCCUAGGAACCAUCGUCAGUCGUUAAAUGUCACGUCAUGUAAUGCACACAUGAUUUCUACAGUGUGUAACUAGGAUACUCAUCGUGAAGAUAAUAACGUUGCUGUAAAAUAUUAAUGAUUAUUGUAAUUAUAAUUUAUAUUGUGUCAAUAUCAGUUUGGAAAAUCGUUCGUUAUGGAAAAGUAUGUGACAGUGAUUCACAAUUAUUGUACAUUUUACGUAAUUAUGUCUACUCUAUCAGAGUACUAUACUGUUUAACGAGUAGACGUUUUGAAUCUUGAUAAAAUAUUUGGACGUAAUUUGAUUUAGUUUUUCACGUAUUUUAUUUGACGAAUGAAAGUGUAAGAAAAUCAUGAUUUUUAAAUCUUACAACAAUUUAUGUGAGUAUGGUGAACUAAAAGAAAAUUUAUUUCAUAUAGUAACUUCGUAAGAAUUAAAUAUGAAUUAAAUAUUCAUUCCACUAAUAUGAUUGUAAUACACAACAAUAACUUUCAUUAACUUAGUAUAUAAUUAGUCUAUCUCUGUAUUGUAAUUUUCACGUGACAAAAUUAAUUUUUAGAAUUAUAUUGCAACGUGUAUACUGAUUAUUCAAAAAGUGAAUGCGCAUUUAAAAGCAGAUUAUAGAAAACAACAAAAAAGAAAAAAUUAAACUUAUGUUUG